AUGAGUCAAGACGUAGUAUGGAGUCCACGACGCAGCACCAUAGCCCGAGAUACUGCUGAAUUAGAGUCCAUCAUAGCAGUCGAUAUCGGAGGAUCGCUAGCCAAGCUCGUUUUCUUCGCAAUGGACUCGAAAAAACUGGUUUUUGAGACUGUAGAAACUGAGAAAAUAGCACUUUUUAUGCGAAUGAUUCAUGACAUCAUCGAUAACCAUUACCAGGGAAGUCAGAGUAACGUGAGAAUAGUGGCUACCGGCGGUGGAGCAUACAAAUUCCACGAUCUACUGUGCCAAGAGUUUCCAGACGUUAUCGAAAUAGCUCGGUUGGACGAGAUGGAGUGUUUGAUAAAGGGACUAGACUACUUUAUCCACGAAGUGCCUGAGGAAGUAUUUACGUACAACGAUCUUGAAGGCGAGCAUAAAGUGGUUCCAGAACACGCUAAGGUUUAUCCAUAUAUGCUAGUAAACAUCGGCUCAGGUGUUUCCAUCCUCAAAGUUGAUUCUCCUGCAAAGUUCACUCGUGUUGGGGGUUCGUCUCUUGGUGGUGGCACGUUGUGGGGACUACUUUCGCUCAUCACAGGAGCCAAGACCUACGACGAAAUGCUGAGUUGGGCUCACGGGGGCGACAAUACCCAUGUCGAUAUGCUUGUGGGCGACAUAUAUGGCUCCAAUUAUGGCAAGAUCGGUCUAAAGUCGACGCAUAUCGCAAGCUCAUUUGGAAAAGUCUUCCAACGGACAGCGCCAACUCAGAAAGAUUUGGCGACGCAUUCUCACACCAUUGCCAAUGGCACAGAUGACAUACAAUUGCGCAACCGUAAAUUCAACAACUCGGACAUCUCCAAGAGCUUGCUGUACGCAAUCUCCAACAACAUAGGUCAAAUCGCAUACCUUCAAGCCAAAAUCCAUAAUAUACCCAAUAUCUACUUUGGCGGAUCGUACAUUAGAGGGCAUCUGAUGACGAUGAAUACACUCAGUUAUGCCAUCAACUUCUGGUCGAACGGUGAGAAGCAGGCGUUUUUCCUUAAGCAUGAAGGGUAUCUGGGCGCCAUGGGUGCCUUUUUAACUUUCCAAAACAAAAAUGAUGAUCUCGGUGACGAAAGACGAAGUUAA